CUAAAACAAAGAAUUUCUUUGCACCAAGCCAGAACGAAUACAUUGAAGGAAUUAUCAGACAAGAACAAUACAUAGGCUAUAGCAGAGGAGGAAUGAUGGUGAACAGCCUCUCACUGUGCUACCACAACAAACUCAUCUUAGCCCCUAUGGUUCGGGUAGGGACUCUCCCAAUGCGGCUGCUGGCCCUGGACUAUGGAGCGGACAUUGUGUACUGUGAGGAGCUGAUCGACCUCAAGAUGCUUCAGUGUAAGAGAGUUGUCAAUGACGUGCUCAGCACAGUGGACUUUGUUGCCCCUGAUGACCGAGUAGUCUUCCGCACCUGCGAAAGAGAACAGAGCAGGGUUAUCUUCCAGAUGGGGACUUCAGACGCAGAGCGAGCCCUUGCUGUGGCCAGGCUUGUAGAAAAUGAUGUGGCUGGUAUUGACGUCAACAUGGGCUGUCCAAAAGAGUAUUCCACCAAGGGAGGAAUGGGAGCUGCUCUGCUAUCAGACCCUGACAAGAUUGAGAAGAUCCUCAGCACUCUUGUUAAAGGGACACGCAGACCUGUGACCUGCAAGAUUCGCAUCCUACCAUCGCUAGAAGAUACCUUGAGCCUCGUGAAGCGGAUAGAGAGGACUGGCAUUGCCGCCAUCGCAGUCCAUGGGAGGACGCGGGAGGAGCGACCUCAGCACCCUGUCAGCUGUGAAGCCAUCAAAGCCAUUGCCGAAAUCCUCUCUGUUCCUGUGAUAGCCAAUGGAGGAUCUCACGACCACAUCCAAGAGUACUUGGACAUACAGGACUUUCGACAAGCCACGGCAGCGUCUUCAGUGAUGGUGGCCCGAGCAGCCAUGUGGAACCCGUCUAUCUUCCUCAAGGAGGGUCUGCGGCCCCUGCAGGAGGUCAUGCAGAAGUACAUCCGAUACGCUGUGCAGUAUGACAACCACUACACCAACACCAAGUACUGCUUGUGCCAGAUGCUACGAGAACAGCUGGAGUCGCCCCAGGGAAAAUUGCUGCAUGCCGCCCAGUCUUCCCGGGAAAUUUGUGAGGCCUUUGGCCUUGGUGCCUUCUACGAGGAGACCACACGAGAGCUGGAUGCCCGGCGGGCCGAGCUCUUGGCCAAGACCCCAGGGGAGGUGGAGGAGCCAGCUGAAGACACCUCUGGUGUCAUUAAAAUGGCUGUCAAGUUUGACCGGAGAGCAUACUCACCCCAGAUCACUCCCAAGAUGUGCCUGCUGGAGUGGUGCCGGAGGGAGAAGUUGGCACAGCCCGUGUAUGAAACGGUUCAACGCCCCCUGGAUCGCCUUUUCUGUUCUGUUGUCACUGUUGCUGAGCAAAAGUACCAGUCCACUUUGUGGGACAAGUCCAAGAAACUGGCGGAGCAGGCUGCGGCCAUCGUCUGUCUGCGGAGCCAGGGCCUUCCUGAGGGUCGACUGGGUGAGGAGAGCCCCUCGUUGAACAAGCGCAAGCGGGAGGCCCCUGACCAAGACCCUGGGGCCCCCAGUGUUCAGGAGCCAGCAAUGCCUGGGGAGCUAUGCAAGAAGCCCUUUGUAGCCUUGGGAAGUGGUCAAGAGAACCCCCUGGAAGGCCUGUGAUCACUGUCCCUACCCUGGUCACCUCCUUCAUGGGCCUGGCCCUAAGAUGGCUGUGGGUACAGAGCAUGAACCAGAUGCCCUUGGACAAUUUGCUGCCCCUGCCUGGCAAUAGUUAAGAGGUCUUGGCCUUGGGCUAUCAGCCUGGAGCCUGGGCCGAGGGAUGCCCAGAGUGCCCAUCUUCCUUGGUGUCUCAGUAGCAAAGUCAAGUUCCCAGCGACCUCAGUAUGUUCUUUGAAAACAGGAGCUUUUCAGCUGGUACCUCCCUAACCUGACAUUGGUGCAGUGCAAUAAAGACACCCUCCACUCUUACCCAUGGCUGGCUGCUUCAGCCUUGGGCAUCUUCACA